CUCAUAUUGCUGGCUACCCUAGGGAACCACUUCCUACACCCUCAGAAUUUCUUUAGUUUUACACACAUUUUAAAUGAAGAACAAUGGAUUUUGGCUCCUGUAAUAAUCAUUAUUUCUAUGAUGUGGAUAUGAAGGAGGACUUUUAUCGCUGCAUUGCUCCAAGUGAAGACAUAUGGAAGAAGUUUGAGCUUGUGCCUGGCUUUCCUCUAUCACCUGGGGGAUGCCCAGGUGGUGGUGGAACAGACUGGGGAGCAGAACUAAUGGAUUUAGGGUGGGAGUCUCCUAUGAAGUUAACUGGGUUAAGUUCUGUAGUCCUCCUGAGAGACUGCAUGUGGAGUGGCUUCUCUACCCGAGAGAGACUAGAAAAGGUAAUCCAUGAGCGGCUGUCUACUGGGUCUCCUCGAGCAACAAAUGCCCAAAAACCUGUAGCAGAUAAUGAAAACUCAGAACCUGGAGUAGACUCUAUAGAACAGAAUGCCACGCCUUUGGUUGUGCCGACACCCAUUCCAGAAAAAGUACCCAAUUCUUCUGGAUCUGAGAGCACCAGUGAUUCAGAAGAGGAUGAGAUUGAUGUGGUAACCGUUGAGAAGAGAAAGUCCUAUGGUGGGCGACAACCAGUGACUAUCACUGUACGAGCUGAUCCAACAGCAACUAAACUCUUUCAUAUAUCCAUACACCAGCAACAACACAACUAUGCAGCCCGCCUUCCACCUGAGCCUAAUACCAUGUCUCCACAACACAGCUUUCAAUCACCAGUGAAGGAGGAACCAGGGGAAGUAACAUCUCCACCAGCAUUGCAGCCAUGUAGCUCACCGAUGCCAGGCUCUCCUCUAGCUUCAGGCAGUUCUGACAGUGAGGAUCUUGCUAAAAGGAAGAAUCACAACUAUUUGGAGCGUAAAAGAAGGAAUGACCUGCGGUCACGAUUCUUGGCACUCAGAGAAGAAGUACCAACUCUAGCCCGCUCAACAAAGACCCCCAAAGUUGUGGUGCUCAGCAAAGCAACAGAAUAUCUGAAGGGUCUUGUUGUUCAAGACCAGCAACUCACUGCAGAGAAGUUAAAGCUCUGGUCUCGACACCAGCAGCUCCUAAGAAGAAUAUCCCAACUGAAAGGUCGCUGAAUGGAAACUGACUAUGCCUGGCACAUUUGCACAUUAUAUUUUUCUAGUGGGAGAAGGAGAAUGUUUUUGGGUGCACAAAAGACUACCACAUCAGACUGUUUGCUCUUUGGAGCACAUUGGUAUAAAGGGCUUGUCCUAUUUUCAGGUGACUGAUUUCUCUGGUUUAAUAGCUUGUCUGUUCCCUCCACUGGCCAAAAUCUGUUUACAUUUUUAAUUCCUCAUAGGUACUUUGACUUGGAAGCUUUGUUUAUAUUUGCAAACAAUGGCUUACUCUUUGAAAUUAUGGCAAUGUCGUGCUGUACAUUGAGGAUGAUAAAGUAUGGUAAGGUGAAACCAGUUGCCAUUGCAGAAUAUGCUUACGUUGCAAAUUCCCUUUAGUCUGCAGUUCAAAUUAUAUGUAACUGCUGUAAUGCACAUGCCUGGUACUGUCAUGAGAAAUUCCGACUUCAGACUCAAAACCCCCUCCUUUCCUCAAAUGUAUGAGGGCGAUCAUGUAAAACCACAAGGCAUUGCAGGACAAAAUGGCUGAAGGUUUUAGCUCAAAUGUACUAUAAAACCAAAAAUCCUGAACCUUUUGAAUACUGAUAACUCUGACCUGCAGCCCAGUAUACCAGUUUUGGGCACUGAAUGUUGCUUUGCUUGGUAAGAGCUCUGUUGCCAGUGGAGGGAACAUCAUGGACGUGUUGUAAACCAUUCUAUACCUCACUCUUGUCACUUUACAUUCUAGUUUGUUUGUGUUGUUUUCAAACCUGCUGCUGCCUGUGGAUUUUUUUUGUACUGAAUGGAAAUUUAUACUGUAUUUUUGUACAUCUUUGGGAGGAAUUGUGAUUUAUAAAAAAAGAAAAAAAAUAGAAAAAUCUUUAACAUGUUAGCAGCUGAAGGUAUGUGACCCUCUUGCUGUAAAUCUAUACUUGAGUGUUUCACCUCACAAAUCCUUCUCAAGCUUCAGCUGUUAAUAAAGGUGUUGAACUGUAGAUGUAGGGUUUAGUCUGGAGAGGAGACUUGUAAGCUUUGGUUUUAAGCAAUAAGUCUUUUUUUCCUAUUAUGCAGUGUUUUCAGAGAUCUCACCCCAUUAUCCUGGCUGCAAACUGUAGUACCCUAGCACUCAAAUAUACAAAAGAUUAUUUAUUGCAACACAUGUUAAAAAUAAAGCUUGGCCCCAUCUGGCUUCACAGAAAACCUAGAAUUAGUGUAAUACCAAUUUGACUUCUAAGAACGGAAACUUUGGCAAUUCCAGUGUGAAGCAAAAAUGUUGUCAUGUCCCACCAGUUCAGGUGGUGUACAGUGAAGAGAGCUGUAGUUCUGCAAUUGCUGGGAUGCCAAGGCUUCCUGCCCCUGCAUUAAAUUAAGGAUGGGCCUUCAUUGUGUGGGUUUCUACGAGAUUAAUCUACACAGUUUUAACCUAUUAGAAUAUGGCAUUAACCCUUUUAUAAAGCCAGAAUUGUAUUGACCAGCUUUAAUUUCUUGAACUGUUGCUUAUUUAAUGAACUACUUCACGGUCUACUUUUUUCCUACUCUGACUAAGUUUAGUCUGAAUUUUGCCAGAUGCCUAAAAUUAGCAAAAGCUGAAAUGUGAGUUAUAAUAUGAACUUAUUCUAUAUUAUACUGAUAUCUUUAAAAUUCCAUUGUAUGAGUUUGUUGGGAAAAAUAUAUACCAUAUAGAGUUUAUCUUCUGUGAGAACAGUGUGCACAGAACUUUAUUUUGUAUUUUGUAUUACUAUUCAAUAUAUUUGCAUUUGUUUGUAAAAGGGGAAUGCAAUUUCUUAACUAGAUUAAGCAUUCUUAUAGACUGUAAAUAGCAACCUUGCUCAAAAAACACAUUUGCCCAAUGAAAGUGUAUGUACCAGCUUUCUAACAAACUUAGCAUUAAACAUUUUUCUAUAAUUAUAAGGUUAUUUCUAAAUGUAAUUGCUGUUGAAAGGAGUAGCCUGUCACCUCUCAUCUAAACAGUACCCAAAUUGCUACGAUGUCUUACAUGUUUUGUGAUUUUUCACAGGUAUUUAAAACAUAGAAUAUGUAAGGCUGUAGGAAAUGGAGUCUUAGUUUGAGUACAGCUGACUAUUGCAAUAGUACUUUAAUAGGACAAUCGGCAAGGGACACAGAUGCUGCUUCAGCAAUAAUUACAUUUACUAAUAGCUUUAAAGUCUUUAAAACUGCUGAUGUAUAUUGAAGCAUGCAAUUACAUUCUUUCAUUGUGCAAAAUGUGAUUGGGUGGAGUUUGUAGCUAACAUAAAUGACACCACCAGAUGAAGAUGUGCCACCUGAAUGUCUGCAGUGCAUGAGCAAAGGCAAACAGUGUGGCAGCUUCUACUUGUGUACAUAUUCAAAAACCAGCACUCAAAGGAUGCCCUGCACUACAAUUCUGUAUGGCAGGAAAUUAGUGGAGAUAAACCCUAGUAACAUGGCAUAAUUUUUCCUUGUCUGUCCUUUGGCUCUCCAAAUGUUUAUGAAAAGCUCAACACUACAGUGAGAAACUGCAGAUGAGUGUGGGAAAAAUGCAGAAUGCAUGCAACUGUUUUAUCUCUCAAGUUGGAGAUAAACUGGAUUCUGCAACAUGCUCUUUCGUGUAGAAACCUCUGGCAUAUGGUCAUUUAAAAAGCACUUUGUUAUGUAGAUAAAUGUAUUGUUCGGGUCUCAAAUCUGUCUGGAGCAUCAGUGGGAUAGAGGGAAUGAAUUUAAUGCAACACCUUAUUCUCCUUUUGAUGCUAUUCUGAUCUAAUAAAUAAAUCUGCUUUGCACAGGAUUGACUUCAA